CGGUCCCUUGUGCUCUUGCAGGUGGUGGCGGUCGUAGCCUUCAUCUGCUUCGUUGCCUCCCGCUCCCACGAAGCCUACACGGCACUGGCGGUGAUGGAAGCUCUCGUCACGCUGCUGUUCUUCCUGCUGUACCUGCUGAAGCUGGACGUGAAGCUCACCUGGCUCUUCUGGCCUCUGGCCGAUAUUUUCAACUCGGUGGUUGCAGCUCUGUUCCUGCUGAUUGUGAGCUUGUUUGCAGUGAUCAUCAAAACCAACCACGGGACGCUGGCCGGAGGAGUGCUUGGUCUUGUGUUGCUUGUUCUCUGUGUUGUUGAUGCCGUUGUUCUUUUCAUGAAGAUUAGCAUCAGUAGACCAAGGGAAAGGAAUACUCCUGCAAAAUAGGAUUUCCAUUGUAGCGAAAGGAGAGUUCCUUGAUUGAUUUACUGCUCACUUGUUAAAGAAUACAAAUUUUCAUAUGUUCACCUUUCAGCUCCUGUGUGUUUUUCAAAUAUAAUUCCUAAGCAUUCUCACAUUUAUAGAUGCAGUUUCACUGUUACAAUCUCACCAUUUUAAACUUCAGAAAAUUGUCCCGUGUGUCAGAAAACUGAUUUCACAAUUGUCUUUAAUAAAGAAGUCCAUUAUUUAACGUU